UUUGUUAUUCCUUCCAGUGUGUGUCACAAGUCAUAUUCCGGCAUUUCUGGACGAGGAGCCAAAUCUCCGAGGGUCCUUGAAGGCAGCCGGGCGGCUGGCAGCCUGGCACUCAGCAGGUCUGAUGGCGGACGACAGUCAGCAAAAAGUGACAACAAACACCAUGCUCAAGUCCACUCCACGCACCGCCUUCUCCCAGGUGGUGUUCAGGGACAUCCCCCGCUGCUACCCGCCGAGCACCCCGAUCACGUGCUGCUACACCCUCACGCCACCCUUCCAGCCCCACAGCCGCGACUGGGUGGGCAUUUUUAAGGUGGGCUGGAGCACCACCAAGGACUAUUACACCUUCGUGUGGGUGGAGCCGUGCGUGGACGUGGGCGAGCAGCAGCUGGCGGCGGGCAGGCAGGCUUGCUUUAAAGACUACUACCUGCCCAAGGAUGACGCAGACUUCUACCAGUUCUGCUACGUUGACAGUUCGGGCCAAGUGUGCGGCGCCAGCACGCCGUUCUGCUUCAAAACGCCAACAGAGCAAAGUGCAGAGUACACGCUAGACGGUGACCUCUUGGUUAUUACCACGCAGGACCAGGUGGACCUGAGUCUUCGAGAGAAAGCGACGCUGAGGGAGGCGGGGGAUCGUCUCCAAGAGAAGAAUGAAGCGUUGCAGGAAGCUCUGCGGGAGGAGAGACGGCAAGUGGGCGUUUUGACGGAGCAGAAGCGGCAGCAGAGGAAGGAGAUGUCUGAGCUGGCUGGAGAGCUUUCCGAGAUGAAGGAUCAGAAGGAACGUUUGGAAGACAUCCUGCGGCAGCAACUUCAGGAAAUUGACAAAUUAAAGCAGGAGAUGUUGGUCCAACAAGAGAACCCUGCUGAGAGCACACAAAGCUCAGAUGAUGAUGAUGAUGAGCAUUUACUCCAAUCAGAGCUGCGACUACGAGAAGCUCAGGCGGUGAUUGCAGAUAAGGAGAUCAUGAUGGAGGAGAAGGAGCGCUUGAUGUUGAUGAUGAAACUCCACAACGACGAGCUGGCUCAAGAGAACCGAAACCUCAGAAAUGACGUGGAGGAGCUGCGCAGGAUGUUGGAGGAGCUCCGAAAGGCCCCGCCCAGCCACGCCGAGCACCCCGAGGCCACGGCGCCCCCCGGUGGACUCACCCAGUCUGACGCCGCAGAGACGCAGGAGCCCUUGUAUGACAACAUCCCAGUAGUGAGCAUCGCCGAAGACGACGACCAAGAUCAGCCGACGCUGUCGUGCCGUCACUGCCUGGAGAGCUUCCCCGGAAUGACGCGGGUGGAGGUGGAGCAACACGAGCGCAGCCACCAAGUGUGUCCCUUCUGCACGCUCAUCUGCGACAACAUGGCGCAGUCCGUGUUUGAGGACCACGUGUACAGCCACGAGAUGUGACUGGGACGCUUCAACUCCAAAAAACUGUUAGGAAAUUUGUCCUUUUGGUCUCAAACACCUGAGAUCAUUUAUUGGUAGGCGUGGCCUAAACAGUCUUCAUGGAAUCCAACAUAUUUUGAAUUGUGCUGAGAUUCACCUGUGGACAGAAGAAUAAAAAAAAAACAGUUCUUUCAGAA